CCGUGCGCUCCUCGCCUCCCUGCGCCGCCGGCCUCGCCCAUGACUCAGUACGCCCGCAGCUCGAGCUUCAAGACGGCUUUGGACAGCAGUCCCGAGGCCAACACUGAGGAUGACAAAACCGAAGACGACGUGCCCUUGCCCAAGAACUACCUGUGGCUCACUGUCAUCUCGUGUUUCUGCCCCGCAUACCCCAUCAACAUCGUGGCUUUUGUCUUCUCCAUCAUGUCUCUGAACAGCUACAACAAUGGAGACUUCGAAGGAUCCAGGCGGCUUGGGAGGAAUGCCAAGUGGGUAGCCAUUGCCUCCAUCAUUAUUGGCCUUCUCAUCAUCGGGGUUUCUUGUGCAGUUCACUUCACAAAGGCAUUCUGAGCAGCCGGCAGUCGGCCGAGCAUGGAGGUUGGACCUCAUCCGCUAAGGCCCCAAAGGACUUUCUGAGGAAUGGAUCCUUGACUUCCGACUGUGAGAUCUUUUCCUCCAGGACUCUCCAGAGGCAGGUCCCUGGCAAAUGAACUUUAAAAACAAAACAAAAAAAUGUCCAAAAUGUAAGAAACCAAGCAGCACAGCCAGAUCAGCCAGUCAUUGAUUUUUUUUUUUUUU